UUCUUUUUCACAAUGGCUAAACUUCAAAUAUAUAUAGCCAUCCUAACUCUAUAUCUAAUAUCAUGUUUUCACUUCAUUCAGUCAUCAACAUUUACGCUUACAAACCAAUGCAGCUAUCCGGUUUGGACAGGUCUUCUAUCCGGGGCAGGGACACCUCCAUUGCCCACAACUGGCUUCCCUCUCCAACCGGGCCAAUCGAAUUCGGUUUCCAUGCCACCGAGCUGGUCCGGACGCAUAUGGGGUCGUACCCUUUGCUCAACAGAUUCCACUGGCAGGUUUACUUGUGUCACAGGUGAUUGUGGGUCUGGAACAAUGGAAUGUAACGGUGGUGGAGCUGCACCUCCGGCCACCUUGGCUGAAUUCACACUUAAUGGAGCUAAUGGAAUGGACUUUUAUGAUGUCAGCCUUGUUGAUGGGUACAAUCUUCCAAUGAUGGUGGUGCCACAAGGCGGGACAGGCGGAAACUGUAACAUCACAGGAUGUGUAGUCGACUUAAACAAGAACUGCCCGUUGGAGCUCCGAUUAACAAGCACCAACAACGUUGACGAAUCAGUUGCGUGUAAAAGUGCGUGCGAGGCAUUUGGUGAUCCAAUGUAUUGUUGUAGCGGAGCAUACUCGACUCCACAAACGUGCAAUCCGACGUCGUAUUCACAGUAUUUUAAAACGGCAUGUCCCACGGCUUAUAGCUACGCCUAUGAUGAUGGAACAAGCACCUUUACUUGUUUAUCCGCUAAUUAUGUCAUCACUUUCUGUCCUACGCCGGCCAACAGCCGCAAAACCACGGGAGCUGGCCAAUCGGCUGACAGUAGCGGCAGCGGCUCAUUGGCUAAAAGUUUUGGUUUAUCUUAUGUUAUGUUUUUUGUUUUCAUAUUGAGGUUGGUUUGGAUGUUAUAGAAGAAGCUAGAUGGCUAGCUAAUUCAUUUUACACAAGCCGAUUAAAUGUAGCUCUCCAAAAUGGCUUAAUUUUCCAAUUGAUGUGGCCAAUUGUAUAUUUUAGCGGUUCGAAAAUGGAACUAUAUAUUCACAUAUAGAUAUAUGUACAUUCUUUUAAGAUCAAGGAAUUGAAGACCAAUGUUUUGUUACUCGCAAGGUUGUACUGUAAUGUAGAUG